GGACAGGUGGGACCUCCGGUCUGACGGGCUGCCGUUGUUCUCUAAUACAAAGGGACGGACGCGCCUCGGAAACACGUUAAAUUUUUCACCGGGGACGAAACAUGGAGCGCGGCCGGUGACUCGGGUCCGGAUCCGCACGGAGGGUUCCAGCCGGAGGAGGUUUGGAUGAGGAAACCAUGUCCGCACGAGCAGAAAUAAUCUAAACUGCGCAGUCAUAGUUUAAUGGGAGCGGUGACCUGAGCAGAUAUGCCAGCUGACGACAAGGUAGCCAUCCUGACGGACGAUGAGGAGGAGCAGAAGAGGAAGUACGUGCUGGCCGACCCGUUCAACGCCGUGUCCGUGGCUCAGCAGGAGGGCGGCGCCGCGCCGCCUCCGCCUCCCCCGGACGCCGCGCCCGAGCAGCAGGCCGCCGUCCAGCCCGAGUCCAUCGACUGCUGCGAGCGGAUGUGCCUGCGCGUCAACAGCCACCUGCUCAUCUCCAAGGUCUUCUACUUCUUCUUCUACGCCGCGUACGGCUCGCUGCACCCCCUGCUGGCCGUGUACUACAAGCAGCUCGGCAUGUCGGCCAGCCGCAGCGGGCUGCUCGUCGGCAUCCGCUACUUCAUCGAGUUCUGCAGCGCCCCCUUCUGGGGCGUGGUGGCCGACCGCUUCAAGAAAGGCAAGGCGGUGCUGCUGUUCUCCGUCCUGUGCUGGUUGAUGUUCAAUUGCGGCAUCGGUUUCGUCAAACCGGCUGAGAUAAGAUGUGAGGAGAUUGGGACUUCCACCACGACGAGGCCUCCCCUGACCACGACUCUCCUCCCCGUUAACACCACCUCAUCCGCCUCAUCCGCCUCAUCCGCCUCAUCCGCCUCAUCCGCCUCAUCCGCCUCAUCCGCCAACCUGACCAGAAGUCGCCGCAGCGUUCCGGAGUUCUCUUUCUUCACGAGACACAAACGGGACGUCGGCAACGACACGACGCCGCCUCCCUUCGACCAGGUCAACUCCACCGGGCCCGACCCCAACGGCACUACUGUGCCCCCCCCUCCGGGCCGGAUCGUCUACGACCCCGAGCAGGUGGAGAACAUCUUCCUGGUCAUCCUGCUGGUCAUCAUCGUGGGCGAGUUCUUCAGCGCCCCCGCCGUCACCAUCGUGGACACGGUGACGCUGCAGUACCUGGGGAAAGCCCGCGACCGCUACGGCCUGCAGAGGAUGUGGGGCUCUCUGGGCUGGGGUCUGGCCAUGCUGCUGGUGGGCAUCUGGAUCGACCACACGCACCUCCAGAUCCAGAUCGACAGCGGCAACUGCGACCUGCCGGAGUUCCACAACUACCGGCUGGCCUUCAUCGUCUUCGGCGUGCUGAUGGGCCUGGCCUUCAUCGUCGCCACUCAGUUCUACUUUGAGAAAGCCAGCGAGCUCCGGCCGGAAGUUUCCGAGGUGGUGCAGGAUCCGGCGGGCCCCCCGACCCCGCCCGAGUCCGACUCCUCAAGCCAGAGCCCUGCUGCCGCCCCCGCCGCCCCGCCGCCCCCCCCGCAGGAGUUCCACUACAGCGACCUGCUGAGGCUGCUGUUCACCGUGCGCUACAGCUCCGUGCUCUUCGUGGCCUGGUUCAUGGGCUUCGGCUACGGCUUCGUCUUCAGCUUCCUGUACUGGCACCUGGAGGACCUGAACGGCACCACCACGCUGUUCGGCGUCUGCUCCGUCCUCAGCCACAUCUCGGAGCUGGCGGCGUACUUCACCAGCCACAAGUUCAUCGAGCUGGUGGGACACAUCAGAGUGCUUUACAUCGGCCUGGGCUGCAACACGGCCCGCUACCUGUACAUCUCCUACAUCGAGAACGCCUGGAGCGUGCUGCCCAUGGAGGUCCUUCAAGGGGUGACGCACGCCUCCGUUUGGGCCGCCUGCAUCUCCUUCCUGAGCGCCGCCGUCCCCCCGGCCCUGAGGACGUCUGCACAGGGCAUCCUGCAGGGCCUGCACCUCGGGUUGGGCCGCGGCUGCGGGGCCAUGGUGGGAGGAGUGUUCGUCAACUAUUUCGGCGCUCCGGCCACCUUCAGAGGGAUCGGCAUGGCCUCCCUCGUCAUCCUCCUCAUCUUCGCCUUCAUCCAGUGUCUGAGUGCAGAAACGGAGGAAAAAGAGGAUAAAAUGCUGGCAGAGAACAUCCCCGUGCCCUCCAGCCCGGUUCCCAUCGCCACCAUCGACUUGGUGCAGAGCCACAGCGGCGGCGGCGGCGCCUCGAGCGACCAGAGCCCGGCGCUGCCCGUCAAGAAGACCAAACACCAGGAGGACCAGGAGGACGUGAACCGGCCGGCCUGGGUGCUGUCCGCCUCGCCCUGGGUCACCAUCGCCUUCGCCGUGGUUCAGAUCAGAGAGAUGAUAAACCUGAAGAACAGCGGGCCGCCGCCGGAGACUCAGCCGCUGCAGGUACCUAACCACCAGCCGUCGCCCACGAGUGACGCCGCGGUGACAGCGCACUCCACCCCGAGCGGAGACGCCCCCGAAACGCAGCCGCACGCCACACACCCUCCACCCACAGACUGCACCAAAGAGCGCCCCCUGUGGGGCCCCGGGGGGCCUCUAGGAGAACCGGCGCUCACGGCCGAGGACACACACUGAACUGCAACCGUCUCAAUGACUUUUAUACCACAAUUUGACUUUUUAUAUAUAUAUAUAUAUAUAUAUAUAUAAAAAAAACAGUUUCAUAUCUCCGCACUUGUUUCAAUGGAUUUCGGUUUUUCUGCAAGGAUGGGGGUAAAAAAAAACAACAAAAAACCGGAGGUGCAUUUGUGUUUGCUCCUCUGGAGGCGAGCAAAUCCAACGCACCCCCGGUGCCUGUGCACUAUAGUGACCGCCGGUGUUGUGAAGGAAAGUCCUUCUGCUGUAAAUGUGCCUCUUGAUAAGUUAUUUAACUUAAUUUAAACCUUGAAGCCGACGCGACGCCUGUGUGUGUGUGUGUGCGCGCGUGUGACGGAGUCAAGGCGGAAACACACACUUUAACCUGUAAAAGUGCUUUUUAUUUAUUAGAAGGUGAGGUUAUUCUGACACAGAGCUAUAAUUUCGAGGUUUUUCAGUCAAUCUUGGGAUUUUUUUUUGUACUCUGAAAAGAGUAUUUUAAUGUUUUUAAACGUAACAAUAACACACCUGCAGUGACGUUUUUCCAAUACUUUUCACCAAUGAGAGGAUUUCUGUUGAGAAUUAUAAGAAAACAGGAGAUUUAAAUUUGUUUCUCAGAAGAAUGGACCAAAUCGAGGGUAAAAAAACAGAAGAUUUUUUGCUGAAUGUGGGGGGAAAAAAGCAGAUUUUUGCUGCAGAAUUGAAUCAUUUUCUCACUCGUUUCCUGAUGGGAGUCGGACUGACUUCCACUAAACAGUAUUUCUGCUCAGAUUCUCGCCGUCGGACUGUUAAAAAAAAAAAAAGACGUUUUGUCUUUCUUUAAAGAGAAGGAUGUUUGAUUUCUGCACACUGUGAUGAUGAAGAAGUGCCUCUUUCAGACGCUGAUCUCUCCUCUGUCCUGCCGCCUGAUCGCAACAUUUUUAUACUGACACUGCCAACGGCUGAAACACGAAAACUUUGCUUCUUGUUUUUCUUGCCAAACGGUUCCCAGUAUUGAGCAGUUUUUUUUUUUUUUUUUUUUUUUUUUUUUUUGUGGGUAAACCUUCAAAAUGAAGAAACUGUUUUGACUGUAAAGGGAUGCGGAUGAUUAAAGGAUGUUUUGGAAUGUUGA